AAAAAACAGGCUGUCGAACUUUGAUUCAUAGCGACAGCCACAGCAGUAUUAUCAUCGUCUGAAAUAAAUUGUUGCCUGCCGUAGUUGAUGAUCUUGGUCGUAGUUGCGGUAUUGUUUUUUUUUUUUUUUAAAAAUGCCCUGGUCAAAAGGGUGUAGCGUUGGGGGCUGUAAAAACAAUGGUUCGAGUCGACCGAGUGGAACAUCAAUGCACAGAUUUCCAAGGAACGAAGCUUUAAGAGAGGCGUGGACUACAUUUGUAAACCUUAGUAGAUCGAAAUCUAAUUGGAAACCGACAAAAUGCAAGUACAUAUGCAGUGAACAUUUUAGCCAAGAUUGCUUUGAUUCCAAACAUCGAUUUUUUGUCACCUUGGGCCUACCCAGUCAAAAGAAAAAUCUUCUUGCUGGAGCUAUUCCCAGCAUUCUCCCUGCAAAAGUAACAAGCUAUGCUGAAGAAACCAUAGAGAAAAACGUUGAUGGUCGUGUGGAAACGUUUCAUCAGUGUGUUGUUUGUGAUCAGAUGUUCCAGAAUGCCAGUGUCUUAGAAAUCCACAGCACUCAACACAAAGAGAACUCAAAUAACGAGCACAGCAAUAUAAUUCCUGAUGAAGAAAUAUGUGAUGAAGAAAUUAAACUAGGUUUUAUGGAGACAGACCUAGAUGAAUAUAAUGAACCACCAAUUAUUCAUUUCAAAGAAGAAAGACUAAUUAAAAACAUUUCACAUCAUUGUAUACAUUGCAAGAAAAGUUUUUGGCAGUAUACAGAUUUGGAAGAACAUGCAUGUUCAGGUAGCCAAACACUUGUUCACGAGAAAGAAUCGAAAACAAGUGUGUCUCCUCCCAGAACCAUUUUGACAGAAUCUGCUGAACCGUGUACUAAGUUAGAAGAUACAUGUACUGUAAUAAAUAUGUCUUUUGAACCACACAGUGAACACAAGGAACCAAAAGAAAAUCCUGUAAUUAAUACGAAUUUCAAAUCUCGCAGUGAACAUAUUGAUGAAAACCAGAAAGACGAAGAGGCACAAAUUUAUGAUGAGUGGGAAGAUAUAAAGAAUGUAAACCUGGUUAGUGAAGAUGGAUGUACUAACGAGUCUUCAGCAAGCUCUUCAGUUCCCUUUGGUGUGAGUAACGAUCCGUUUAACUUUCAACAACACAGUGACACAGAAAGCAACAUCUCAGAUCAAAUACAUGUACAAGAAUCAAAACACGACCCUUCUCUUGAAUGUGAAAAUAAAGUUUGUGACAAAUGUUUUCAACAAUACAGCGAUUUGAGACAACAUAUCUGUAUUCAAGACCAUUUUAUUGGAACGUUUAAUUUUAAUAAUAGAAACGAUACGGAUAAUAUCCUUGACUCUACGCAAAGCACUGGAGCUACAGAUGAUUCAAAAACUACCAUGGAGUCGGACGAUACACUGAGCUAUAAAUGUCUUCAUUCUACGUCAACACUGGCUACGCAAAGUCAAGCGGGUACAAAUGAUUCAGAGACUACAAUGGAGUCGGACUAUACACUGAGCCAUGGAUGUCUGCAUUCUACAGCAACACUGGCUACGCAAAGUCAAGCAAGUACAGAUGAUUUAGAAACUACAACAGGGUCGGAUGAUACACUGAGCUAUAAAUGUCUUCACUGUGAUGAUUCAUUCAGUUUCUUUAAAGAUCUGUGUCAACAUACAUGCACGGAGGAAAAAGCAAUAAAGAAUUCCGAUCAAAGCAAUAUUUCUGGUAAAAAUUACAUCGUUUUUUCGGGGCUCAAUAAUCAAACAAAAUCUCAUGGACAGUUUUUUAAAUGUGAUGUUUGUGAACAUGCAUUUAGGGAACAGAACUCUUUAGUAAAACAUAUGAAGGUAUAUGCAUGCAACGGUACCAAGAAAAAUUUGUUUCGACGUGAAAAAUGCUUUUCACCAAAAUAUAGUGCAACAGGUAAGAUGAAGACAGAUGCAGGUGAAAAAAAGUCAAAAUGUAAAAUAUGUUCCAAGACAUUUGUUAGUGAUAUCUGGGUAACUAUGGUGAAAUCUCGAACGGUACUUGGUGUUAAACAUUACAAAUGUAGCGUUUGUCAUAAAUCAUUCCUGCAUAAAUUUAAUGCAAAGAAGCACAUGAAUGAAGUCCACUCCAGGAAUGAACAGUCUUCUAAAUGUAAAGUAUGUGAAUUUAUGGCCGUUACUGCUCAAAAUAGACGCCAGAGAAUCGACAGGGAAACAUUUCUCACGUGUGGUGUUUGUAAUGAAUCCUUCAAAGAAAGUCGUGCAUUUAUGAUGCAUGUUAGAAUUCAUAAAUCAAAAAGACAUUUCUUUUGUAGUGUUUGUCGUAAAUCUUUCGCUAGCAAGAAUUCGUUACGACAGCACAGAUUAGUCCAUUCUGUAAGUGAAUGUUAUGAAUGUAUUUUUUGUGGACAUUCAUUCAGUGAGUUAGACAACCUUCAGAUGCAUAUUCACAAUGAGCACUAGCAUUCAAAAUUCUUUACAGAACGAAUAUUCUGAUUCAAAGUCAGUCAUUCCCAAAUAUCUGAAUCAGGAGGGUGUUUUUUUUAUUUUCAUGCUUUUAUUUCAGGGGGGUUUGGGUGGUCUAAUGGCUUAAUGAGUGUGUGUGAAAUUAUAAGGUCUGUCACUGAAUAAAGUGACAUGGUUUCGAUUCCCCGUUUGGACGUGACAAGGAAUGGGGUUGCCUGUUAAACCUUUUGUGUUUUCUCUCUCUCUGGGGUCUACGACACGUGCAAGGCGAAUUAUUGAAAUAUAAAAAAAAAUUGAACCAUAUGUUAGGUCUGAAAUUACCUCUUUUAUUGUCAGUAUAGGGGUGUGAACUAGAUAAUGUCUUGAUUCAUCAGAAAACCUUGUAGAGUUACUUCCCUUUAACCAUCAGUAAUCAAUGUGAUUAAAACACAGAUAUUAUUUUGUUUCGUUUUUUAUGGUUCAAAAUUUCAUUUUACUUGUCUUUACUACACUAGGAUCUAGAAGAGUGGUUAUAUAACCCGUGUUCUGGUUAAUGUGAGGGAUUUGUCAUUGAAACAGUCUGUUACGGCAAAUUUUUCGCAUGUGAUGCACGGAACUGUGGGUAUCCCAGUAGAAGCAUCAACGCUCAUUAGUAAAUCAAAAGUCUGACGACAUACGGUCAAAGACGACUCGUAUCACCUUUGAUGCGACCUUCCAAUACAACUGGUCACAUCUUCAUGUAGUUGAGGCCAUCAAAAGUAUAAAAAAACCAAAACGAAAUAUAGAACUGUAUUUGAAUCAGAUUGAUCAGCAGGCCUGGAAAUAACAGUUUUAGAUGUACCUGACAAAAUGUCAGACACUAAUGAAAUAGUACCUGACAUUUUCAAGUUAGUGUCGGACAUGGAUUAUAAUAUCAAUAAAAAAGACAAAUCAGUGCCGGACAAAAUGACAGGCACCAGAGGUUUUGUGCCUGACAAAGCCUGAAUCUGUGCCUAACAUUGUCAGUGACAGGUAUCUUAUUUCCUAGUUCAGCUCUGAACGUAGGUCUCAUAACACUCACCCUGUAGUGUAAUGAGACCUACGUUCAGAGCUGAACUACUUAUUUCCAGGUUUGCUGAUCAGUAAUUAAUGAGACUGCGUUUAAUUUUUUUUUAUAUAAAAAUGUUUGUUCGUUCGUCCGUAGGGUUUUAUGUCCUCUUCCACCUUGGGUGAUAUGGUAGACAAAAUGUAAAAAUUGUGCCAUGUUGCCCUUUUUUAAGUGACACAGGUUAUUCAGAGGAACGGAAUGACUUUUUUAUUGGCCUAAUAAAAACGUAAAAAUUUGAAUAACUACAUAAACACUAGUGCUGGCACGAUACAUUGUUGAUUCUAUGUAUUGCGAUUCACCUUCUCACGAUUUGCGUAUUGAAUCGCAAGCCUCUGAAUCGAUUUUUUAUGAUUCUUUUUUUUAUGUAUUUUUUUUGGCACUUCAGUAACUAACCAGUCACUCUUAAUUAAACACCUUUAAAUUGUUUUGGUCGUUAUUUUUAUCCAUAAAAAUAUCAUGAUAUAAAACAGUUUUAUUUCUUUGCUUUAGGCAGGACUAACAAUCUCCCGUCAAAAGGCAAAACCUAGUAACUCACUUUUUUAUCAAAAUUGAGUUAGGGCCAAAUUUGUAGUUACCAGGGUAUGUGCUUCCUGUUGUUGUACUAGAUAUUCCAAUCGUUUGAUUUUGUAAGCAGUUACACCCAUGACACAACCUAGCAACUUCCUUCAUUUGUCUAGUAUACCACAGCAAAACCUAGUAACUCAAUAGUCAAAUCAAUGGAUGAGCUGGGGUUUAAUAUUCAUUCAUUCCGUUUUCCUUUGUUUUCUCAAAAUAAGAAAAAAGUGAGUUACUAGGUUUUGCCUUUUGACAGGAGCAAUUCUCUCCAUAAAAUUAUCAUUCAUUUAUCCUGUUGUUGUCUUGGUGAAUAUUGACCCGGUCCCGAGUUCACGAAGCAUUCUCAGAUUCAAGUUAAGACUUUACUCAACUUUCAAUCACUGUUUAUGAGAAAUAUCUUUGAUCUAGAAACACAACACUUUGCACAUAGUUUCUUAUCAAUAUAUUUGCUACAUUAAAACAACAAAAGUUUUAUAAAGGGCUAUAUUAUAGUUAAAAUAAGAAGAACAAUUUUGAGUAAAUUCUUAACUUAAACAUGCAUUAUGCAAGAGCAAAAUCUGCCUAUUACAAGUCUUUCUUUAGGCCUGAAAUGUUAUCUAAAUUAUCAAUUAGGCAUUAAUUAACUUAUUCAGACCAUAAUAAACUCUCGAUGUCAAGGCUAGCCUUCGAUGUUGACUGGAUUAGAUUCCUAUAUGCCGCUAACGGCCGUUGAUAAUUAAAUCAGAAAAAGUGGAUAAUCGAGACUAUGCUGUUUAUAUUAAUGAUUUUAGUAAUGAUGACCGAGACUAUGCAAAUAUUUCACCCGCUUCUUUCUCGGCUCAUAGUGGAUCAAUUUGACUGAAAUUUUCAGCAAAUUCUGAGUCACAAUACCCAUCAUUAAAUAACAUGGCUAUGCAUCUUCCUCAAACAACCUAAGCAUUACAAAGUUUCUGAAAACUGCCCAAGUAUGUACUUCCUUAAAAACGGUAUUCUCCUUGUAUUUUGUUUUUAAAAAUAAAAUAGAAAUGCAUAAUGAUUAUGAAAUUAUAAAGUGUGCGUAAUGGCAAUAUUUUUCAUUUGCCACUCUGUUUAAUUUCGCGAACCUGACUACUUUUGUCAAAUAGUUAAAUCAGAUGUUUACAUUAAACGUUUUAUAUUUAUUAAAUCAGAUAUUAUAAAGCAUCACAG